AUGACGAAACUGAGAAUCGUUCGACUAAACCACAACAAAAUCAAGUUCUGGGAUAACAACUGGUUUCAAGACUCUGAAGCCAUAACAACAAUAUUUGCUUCUAAUAAUUUGAUUGGAGAACUUCCAGAGAAAGCGUUCAAAAAUUAUCAAAAUACAUUCUCGAUUGAUUUGGCAGCUAAUAGAAUCGAAAAUAUCAAUGACCUGGCUUUCUAUAACCCCGAAAGGGGGUUUACAAGACUCCACUAUUUGAUUCUCCGUGACAAUCUUAUCCAGAAGUGGAACAAAUUUUUGCUGGUCAAUCGAGCCAAUAUCACCGUGUAUGGAAUCGACCUGAGGAAGAACAAACUUGAGUGUUUUCAAGGCAGUGUAAAUGAUAAUUUUGGAAAAGUCGAAGUGGUGUGGCUUAGUGAUAACGCGUUUGGGGCAAGUUGUAGGAUCGAAAUUGAGCAAUACGUUGAUAAACAUAAAGCUUAUCAAACUCCAGAAGAACUGGAAGAAGAAAUGAUUUAUUAA